AUGUUUAGAUUAUGUGGUCAUCCGUUGUUGUGCCGUAAUCCAGAAACGGAUUUUUCGGCUGCAAUGCGAGAGAAAAUUUCCAACGGUGAAUACCUCUUCGAGAGGAAGGAAUGGGAAAAUGUUUCACUGCAAGGUAGAAGAAAUAUUUCAGUCAUUAUUUUAAUGAUUCAUUACACAAAGCAAUAA